AUGGAGAGAAUCGAUGUGCACACCCACUGUGUGCCACCCUCGUAUCGCGAGUAUUGUCUACAGAGCGACUUCGCAGGCAGAGGCCACCCAGAUGGAAUGCCCGCAAUCCCAGAAUGGAGCGCCGACUCACACAUCGAACUAAUGAACAAGCUAAAAAUCAAGAAAUCAGUUCUGAGCAUGUCCUCCCCAGCCACACAUCUAACGCCGGGCAACGACGAAGAAGGCCGAUCCGUAACCCGACGCGCCAAUAUCGACAUGUCGAAAAUCUGCGCCGAUCACCCAGCCCACUUCCUCUUCUUCGCAUCCCUCCCCCUCCCAGACGUGGAAGGCUCCCUUGCAGAAAUAGACUACGCACUGGACCAUCUUGGCGCAGUGGGGUUUCAGAUCCUGACCAAUUCGCAUGGAAUCUACCCAGGCGAUCAGCGACUGAGUCGUGUUUUUGACAAAUUGAGCGAGCGGAAAACCAUUGCCUUCUUUCACCCGACUACCUGUCUCCUCCGGCAUGGUGACAACUCCCUGGAAAAGGUCAUACCGAUCCCAGGUGUCGCUGCGCCGAUUAUGGAGUUUAUGUUCGAUUCGACUCGGGCGCUUAUGAGUCUGCUUACUUCUGGGACUGUAGAGCGCUGUCCGGGAAUUACAUUCGUGGCUGGUCAUUGUGGUGCUACGUUCCCGCCGAUCAUGGAGAGGAUCGCGGAGUUCUCGUUUAUGAUUCCCGGUGUAGGGGAUGGGAUCAGCGCGGAGAAGAUUAGGCAGCUGUUGCAGACGCGGUUCUAUUUUGAUCUUGCGGGUUUGCCGUUCCCGGAUCAGAUCCAUGGCCUUCUACGGCUGAUUGAUUCGUCCAGAUUGGUGUAUGGGAGUGAUUAUCCCUAUACACCUGCAGCGCUGGCUGAGUCUCUGGCCAAGAGAGUGGAUGAUGGACUACAGAGUCUAUUUGGAUCUGAAACAGCCACGAGGAUUUUGGUUGAUAAUGCGCAGGAUCUUCUUGGGGCGAGUCGUAAAUAG